AUGAGUUUUGAUUAAUUAUUGUUAUCCAGACCACUUUAUAGUCCAAAUCAUAAAUACCCUACUUUUACUGUCCAUUCACAUAAUCCAACACCUUACAGUAUUACAACAUAAGUCUCUCCAAUUGAAUCUCCAAGAAUAGGGGAUAUAUCAACUAUCCCUAAAACAUCUGAGAGAGGAUAAUUGUAUGAUAAAUUAAAAGCAAAUGUGAAAAAUUAAGAUUUAAUAAAGUCUAUUUAAAAUGGUAUUAAAGGUUAAAAGGUUAGGGAAGCAUAUAAUUUACUAUCUGAUUUCAAUGAUAAAAAAUAGAUAAUUUAAUCUUUAAAAUCAUUAUCCACUGCAGAAGAACGGUAAUUAAAAAUGAUUUUAAUAUAGAAUAUUGCUAAUUGAUAAAAUUUUAGAGAGAAAAGAAGAGAUGUAAAUAGCUGCUCUUAGAUUAAAAGCUAAAAGAUUAGAACCAAUUUUUAAUGUAAUAAGGAGGAAACUUAAACUGAAAUAAAGAUUAAAUUCAUCUGCUGAUAAAAUGAAGAAACAAUCAAUAUAUGGAUUGAAAUUAGCAGAUCCUACAAAUGAAAUACAAAAUCCUAUGCAUUCUUAUGGCAAUUUAGAUGAAUAAUAAUAAUAAUAAGAUGAAAAUAUGAGAAAAGAAUUAGUAAUUGAAAAAAUAUAAACUAAAUAUGCUGCAUCAGUUGCAUUUUCUUGGUUAACAAAUAGAACUGAAAAAUAAGGUAUAAAUUCUAAUUUUAAUGAAAUUUGA